UACCCUUAACCGAGUGAACCCAACCCGAACCCAACCCCGCCUGAUUGACACCUCUAAUCCCAUAAUAGAUAUGAUAAAAAGAAGAGUACUUUUCUCUGUGAUUGAAAAUAUUAAAGAUUGAUCCAAUAAAUUAGAGAUUAUAAUGCAACAUACAUCGCAUAACACAUAAGAAUAGUCUCGUACCUUACAAAGUACAAUUUUUUUGGUAGUUCGUGCCCUUUGUAAAAUGGUAAUUUUUAAAUAACUUAAACGGUAUUUAAGUUGUUAACAUCCUGUAAAGAACGGUAAAAGCCUUGGAAACCUAGAAGAAGAGGAGGGAAGUACGGAAAAUUUAAAUCUCAGCUUGAACCUUACACAUGAAGAGAGAGAAUCUCAGCUUAUUUUUGGCACAAAAGAAAAGUUUUUUUCACAUGAGUGAAGGCAUUGUAACGUCUUUGACAUAUGGCAUGUUCCUCACCUUUUUAUUGGAUGAGUCUGUUCACCUACUGAAAAUAUUUUCUCUAAUCGUACACCUGUUUUUUCUAGAGAACUAACACUUGUACUUCAUGAAGAAGGUUCACUACAACACAGUUUUGUUCAGUUGGGAAGCCCAACUGAGGCAAAUCUUAAAUGAGUAUUGGAAAUGCCUUGAGAUAUCAGGUGAAGCAAAACUCAGUGUGCAGUUUCAUGUAAUAAAUUCAAUUGGUUGGUUGUAUCUAUGCUGAUAAUGUCAGAUUUAGCUUCAAAGGAGUUUUUAAAUUUUGAUUUUGCUUUCUCAUGAUUAUGGUGAGCAUUCAAUAUGUGAAAUAUAAGGUAAGAAGAAAAAUAAGAAAGUUAGAAUUAUGCAUAUUUGUUAAAAGUGAUAAAUCACAUAUAUGGUAACCAUACAAAUUUACUAUCAAAGACUUAUUUCUGACAUUUCUAACCAUGUAUUGAUUGUUGGCCUAUUAAUGAAGAAGAUAUUGCUCUGCCAAUAAAUUCUCCAGAUUCACUCACGACUGAACAGACUCUUUCUAACCUGUUCUCUCAGUUGGGCAUCUAAGCCUAAAAAAAUAUUCUUGUGGACAUGCAAGACUGGCCAAGAACAAGAUAUAUUCACUUCUUUUCUUUGCUUGUUUUCAUUACAUUCUUCACUUGACAUAUGCCCCUUUGGAUCUUCCUUUUUUGAAUUGAGUAAAGGGGAAGGUGAUAUAAAGUGGGUCACCCUUUCCAUCCUAGUUAUUAUCACUUAUGUCCUCAUUUCUGUUUGGCUAUUCUAUGGAGACUCCCUUUUUUCUCAUGUUUUCUCCUUGAAAUAUGAAAUCUCAGUUAAAGCUCAAUUGACACUCUGAUUCCCAUGUGGAACCAGAUAUACUGCAUCUCUUAUCCUUUCCCCCUGGUGUAGGCUUCUUCUUGUGUUUCUUUGCACAUGAAAAAUUGAAGAAUGAGUGCUAGAUUUUGACACAAACAUGAGAAGUGCCUUCAUCCAUCUAUAAAACACAAUCAUUACGAAUUUUUUACAGUGCAACAGGUUAAGGCCCGUUGCUUUAAGCAGUGUAUUUUACACUCAAGGUUCGAGCUUGCUUGCUAUUCUUUUCCUCCCUCAAUAUCAUUUUAUUGUGUUCAUAUAGCCUCAAAUUUCAAUUAUUGCCUUGGUGUUUUCAGAUCUCCUGACUGAUAAUGGGGCAUAGCUUUGAUGAGGUUUCAGGGGAUUUUUCUCUUCUCUACUCUUGCAGGAACAUCAAAAUUGAGUAGCUUUUUAAAUCAUGGAAGAUCUUAGGAGUUUAUCAGCUUUAACCUCAUCAACCUUUUACUCCCCGAUGCUUGAAGUUAAUCCGUUGUCAAUUGACUCAGAACUUUGGUUCAUGGCUGAGCAUAGAAUCUAUGAGAUAUUGUCUUGCAUUCAACCUGCUUCGGCUUCUGAGAAGAAAAGGGAGGAGGUUAUUUCAUACAUUUCAAGGUUAAUUAAAGCUCAUUAUAGUUGUGAGGUUUUUGCGUUUGGAUCAGUACCCUUGAAAACCUAUCUUCCAGAUGGAGACAUUGAUUUGACUAUACUCACCCACCAGAGUAUAGAGGAAGGAUUGGCUAAGGGUAUUUCUGAUAUCCUUCAAGGUCAUGAGCACGACCCAAUGUUUGACGUGAAGAGUGUACAAUAUAUAGAAGCACAGGUCAAGAUCUUAAAAUUUUUGGUGAAUGACAUCUCUGUGGAUAUCUCUUUCAAUCAAAUGACAGGCCUUUCUGCUCUCUGCUUUCUAGAGUUGGCUGACCAAAUUAUGGGGAAAGAUCACCUUUUGAAGCGGAGUAUUAUCUUGAUAAAAACCUGGUGCUUUUACGAAAGUAGAAUCCUUGGUGCAUACCAUGGAUUGAUCUCGACAUAUGCUUUGGAAAUGUUGGUCCUGCAUAUAUUUAACAUAUUCCAUUCAUCCCUAAAUGGUCCUUUAGCAGUGCUGUAUAAAUUUUUGGACUACUAUAGUUCUUUUGACUGGGACAAUCAUGGUGUCUGCAUAAAUGGCGUAAUUAAAAUAUCUUCUCUUCCAGAUAUAGUGGUGGAGCUACCUGUUGAGAAUGGAAGUCGAUUGUUGCUUGAGCCUGACUUUUACAACUAUUGCAAGGAAACAUUUGCUAUUCCUGUUAAUGAACUUGACAGUGGGAGGCAUGAAUUUGUUGUUAAGCACAUCAACAUCAUGGACCCGUUAAGUUAUAGCAACAAUUUGGGGCGAAGUGUUAGUCGAGGCAAUUUCCACCGGAUAAAAUGUGCCUUUUCCUAUGGUGCUCAGAUGCUUCGAGCAGUCCUCAACGGACCAGGAGAAUAUAUAGGCAAGGGGUUGGAGAAAUUUUUUACCAACACUCUAGGCAGGAAUGGGACAGGACAAAGAGCUGAUGCUAACAGUCCCGUGCCUGCAUUUGGUACUGGAAGAAGUGACGCAUGUGAUCUCAGUGGAGACUAUGACAGAUGCCAUAGUGGUUUGCUGCAGGGGCAGUGGUAUCACAAUUAUAGACUACCUGAUCAUUUCCAUAACAUCCCUUCGAAGCAGUCAUCUCUUUCAGAAAUCUUGUCAAAGAAGAGUAACAUAUUUUCUUGGACUGGGCAAAAUGGUCAUCCUCAGAAAGGCACAAAGGCAUUCUUGCAACGAGGGCUGCCAGGGCUUUGUCCUUGCCCUUCAAAACGUUGUACUACUGGCAUUGAUGGGUUAGGAAAUUUAAGAGGUACAGGAACAUACAUCCCUGAUAUGGAUCGUUAUAAAGAAAUAUGGUCCAGGAUGAAGACCCUGGAGAAUCAAGAUUUUUUUAAUAAGGGACCACCAUGUCAAUCUUUCGAGAUGAGUUACCAGAUCCUUGAUCAAGCUGAACCUGUUGAACAUGCGAAUAGACAGAACUGCAACAGUUGGGUUGAUCUCCAACAAGCGAAUUUCCCUGUGCUUUCCUCCAUCAAUGAUUCAUCCAUUUUAUUCAGUGAUAACCAGGUGCAUCAUGUUUUUAAUGAUGGCUUGUUGCACCAGCCCAGAUCUGGUUCCUCCUCUGGGCCUACAAAUUUCAAGACUUCAAGUGAAUCAUCAUCACCAUCGUUCCUAGCAUAUGACCUAGCAGCUUCAUCAGUUUACUGGGACGAAGUUGAUGACUCUCUUUUCACAGUCAGGAUGGCAUUUUCUAGAAUUCAAAUGACAGAACAUGAGAAGCUGGAGGAAGUAAGGGUCGUAAGAGAAGAAGAAGAAGAGUAUCAAUUGAAGAAAGAUGACUUCCCUCCCCUACCCAGUUAUGUGAUUAAGCCCAAUAGUGUUUCAAGGGAAGAAGAGUGCCCACUAAAGAAGCUGGAUUUCCCUCCUCUAGUUGGCAAUUAUGUUGUUGUACCCUGUAAUGUUUCAAGAGAAGAAGAAGACCAGGAUUUCCCUCCUUUAGUUUGUGUCUCUGGGGUUGAGCCCUGUAGGGUUAUAAGAGAAGAAGAGUAUCAACUUAAGAACGAGGACUUCCCUCCUUUAGUAAGCAAUUGCACACUGAAGCCAUGUAAGGUUGCAAGAGAAGCAGAGUCGCUUCUGAAGAAGGAGGAUUUCCCUCCUCUAAGCGUUUUUGUAGGGUUGCAGGAGAAAAAUAAGAAGAAGGAUAUGUACUAAAGGAGGAGAUAAGCCCUCUUCUUUAGCAGGCAAAUGUGUAAGUCAUUACAAAUGCUAGAUGUGUAGCUUGAGGAGCAGAAGGAUGGAGACUGAAAAGUAGGAAAGACGAAGAAGUUGUUGCAGUUUUAAUUUCUCUUGUCUUAUUUGUCAAACCCUUCAUUAAUCCCAUUAGAGGCAUGAAUAUGACUUCUUUAAGUUCCAUAACAGUUUCACCAUCGAUAUAGUAAGUGACUGAAUGGCAGAAAAUGCUUCUGCAUGACUUCAAGCUUACUUUGGUGUGUUUUUUUUCUUUUCCGGUAAUACUAAGGCUAGAACAAUUGAAAACUCAAAUGCAUGAUCUAUGCAUGCUAUAUUUGAUUUUUUUUUAUAUUGGAAACCAUCUAUAGUUUUGAACUGCAUCAGCUUCAUUCAAGCUGUUUUAUGUGUGUGUCAAGGGCAGGGUUAUAUAUGGGUCGUAAUAUAGUAAUAAUUGGUUG